UCUCUCUCCAUGGCUGAGACAAAGCAGCGUCAUGGACGGAGCGGAUCUUGUGGCCCAUGCUGUCUACUGAGCACCUUGUUCAAGCUCAUCAUCAGUCUGGGAAUCACCGCCCUUGUUCUCUGGCUCAUUUACCGCCCUUCAAAGAUGAGAGUGUUUGUCGGCAGUGCCACGCUUACUGAAUUCAAUCUCACCAACAACAACACUCUCCAUCACAACCUUGCACUAGAUGUUGCCAUAAGGAACCCUAACAAGCGGAUCAGCUUUUAUUACGAUAAGCUUGAAGCUACAGCUUACUACGAAGGAGAGCGAUUUUCUUACGCCCCUUUGCCGACUUUCUAUCAAGGACAUAAGAACACUACCGAUCUCCAUCCAGUUUUCUCCGGGCAGGUAGCCAUUCCACUGAAGAGUUCUGGUGUUGUGGAUUUCAAUAGCGAGAAGGAAGAAGGGUUUUUCUCCAUUAAUGUUAAGAUCUAUGCAAAGAUUAGGUUUAAGAUCGGACCACUCAAGACUAAUCACUACAAGCCGGAUUUCGAAUGCAAGUUGAAGGUCCCUUUGAAGAUGAAUGGCAGCUCCUCAACGGUCGAAUUUACUGGGACCAAGUGCGACGUCGAUUUCUGACCACCAUCGAAUGUUUCUU